AUGGAUGACAAAGGCCAAAAGGAUCUUCAGCGUUUGGCGCGAGUCCGCGACAAUCAGCGAAAGAGUCGCGCUCGGAAGCAAGAGUAUACGCGGGAGCUGGAGCAGCAGCUGGCGGCGUACAAGAAAGAAGCGCAGCAGAAGGACAUUGAGCACAGGCUCGUCCUGCAAAAACUGGACUCCGAGAACCGGAACCUCAAGUCCCUUUUGGGGUCACUUGGAGUUUCAGCCGAUCUGAUCCAGCAGUAUGUGAAUUUGGCUGAUCAAGGCGCGUCAGUGGGUCGUAAGGUCGCAAUUCCUGCUAUGCAUCGAACAAACAAACCAUGUCCUUCUCCAUCUCCCCCAUGUUCCUUUACAGCCUCUCAGGCUACUGAUGGGGAUCAAAAUGGGAAUCAAAAAAUAGAUGAAAAACCAGCGGUUCGUGGCGUGUGCAAUGCGGCAGAGGUGAAACCGACAGAGGAGCAAUCUCCUCAAAACUUGAAAAAUCUAGCCCCCCUAUGCUGCUCCGGUUCAGGGCAAGGGAGCUCAGAGGUCUGGCCCACUAUGUCUAAUGACGACUUGAUGAACACCACCAUGUGUGCCAUUGCGGACGAAUUGAUCAACCAGUACAACACAAGUGGAGCUGAUAUAGAAGAGAUACGGCGGAGACUUUGGUCUGGCUUCAGAUCAGAAAAAUCUGGCGACGGCUGUCGAGUACAGAAUCAAAUUUUAUUUCAAGUGUUGGAUGAAAUCAGCAACAACAUAUAA